AAAUCUGAUUUGAAUUUUCUCUGGAUUUGAAUUUUCUCUCAUUUGAUUGCUGUCAGAAUUCGCCAAUCCAGACACGACACAUCUCUCUCUAUCUUGAUACAGAACGUGAUGUGAGGAUGAGAUAUCACAUUAUCCUUCGAAUUCUUCACUUUCUGAUCGUGAGUUUGUUCUCUGCAAAUGGCUUCAACCAACAACGAAAUAGAAUACGAAUUCCUCCCAUUUAUUCGAGUCUACAAAAAUGGCCAUAUCGAAAGACUCAUGGGUACUGAUUCCAUUCCCGCCGGCACUGAUCCUCAAACCGGUGUUUCAUCUAAAGAUGUGACGAAUAUAGUUCCCGAAACAGAAGUUUAUGUCAGAAUUUUUCUCCCCAAUCUCAGCAACAAAAGUAAAAAAAUCCCUAUUCUUUUUUACAUUCAUGGAGGAGGUUUUGUUUUAUCCACGCCUUCAUUUCCUAUUUAUCAUAACUAUCUGAAUACGCUUGUGGCUGAAUCUCAAGUUAUUGCCGUUUCGGUUCAUUACAGAAGACCUCCUGAACAACCUCUUCCCGUUGCGUAUGAAGAUUCAUGGGCUGCACUUCAAUGGGUGAUUUCGCAUUCCAAAGGCGACGGCCCCGAGGAAUGGUUGAACGACUAUGCAGAUUUUGGACGUAUAUUUUUGUCCGGCGAGAGCGCCGGCGCUAAUAUAGUCCAUAAUUUGGCAAUAACAAUUGGGAAUUCUGAAUUAGAUUUAGGGCUAAAUGUUAACAUUCUUGGUGUUGCACUGGUUCAUCCGUACUUUUGGGGUUCAGAUCCAAUCGGGUCGGAGGCGGUGGAUCUGGAUAGGAAGGCAUCAGUGGACAGAUUGUGGCCGUUUGUGUGUCCAUCAAAUCCAGAUAACGAUGAUCCACGGGCCAACCCGUUGGCAGAGGGUGGGCCGGGCUUGAGGGGUUUGGGUUGUAGGCGGGUUCUUGUCUGUGUGGCGGAGAAGGAUAUAUUGAAGGAUAGAGGUUGGCUUUAUUUUCAGGCAUUGGGUCGGAGCGGGUGGAUGGGUGUGGUUGAGAUCCAUGAAACAGAAGAAGAGGAUCAUGCUUUUCAUUUACAUGAUUUGCAAUGUGAGAAGGCCAAAGAAUUGAUUUCAAGAAUGGCUGCAUUUUUCAAUAGGGAUAUGCCUCCAAUGUUGCAUUAAAAUUGGAGUAUUUCAUAUUUCUAUUAUAGGAAAAAAUGAAAAAUUUCUCGUUUUAUACCAAUGUUGUGAGUCAUAUCAUCUAUACGAAUGAAUCAAUUAUGGUUUUGUCACAACCAGGAUGUUCAAUAAGGUAGUAGGCGUUUUUCUUGUGUUUUUGGUACUGUUCAGUAAUAGUUUCAUUGAUA